UUUGCACUUCUCCCAUUUUGUAUCCGCUUGCAACCUCAACCUACCUUAAUGGUGAAAGCUUUAAUGGUCUUGGAACUUUGCUAGUUGCAGCUUUAAUGUGUUCUUUUAGGAUUUGAUACUAAGUUCAUUUCUAAUAUGGAAGAAUUUUGGUGCUCAAUUUUGGUUUAAUGAACAUUUGUAUUAAUUUCCAAUUUUUAUGUGUGUAACCUUGAUAUGCAUUGUUGAGCCUAUUUCCUAGAAGAUUAAGGUUUUGGGUUAACUAGUUUAAAUAACUGUUCUUCCAUAACAAAAUGGAGGAUAGGCUACAAGUUCUCAAGUUUAAAAUCAUUUACUCAAUCUAUGUGCUGAAACAAUUUGCGAAGAAUAGCACUAAAAUUUCAUUUUGAGUUCCAUCUUUAGUAUGUGGCAGGGAUAUUGCUUGCCCUGGUUUCUGAUAAUCUAGACCGGCACUAUAACAACUUAUUGAUUGCAGGUAGUAUUUAUUUGGAAAACUCUGAGCUUGAUAAGGCUGGAGAAUGUUUUUCUCGGGCUGGACUUUAUAAGCGUGCAGCUGAAGUAUAUGCCAAGGCUAAAUUGUACUCAAAGAGCCUGUCCGCUUGUACUGAUGGCAAAUUCUUUGACUUGGGAUUGCAGUACAUACAGUCCUGGGAAAAACAUGCGGAAUUUUAUGCUGAUAAGAUGAUAGAAAUGGACAAAAUUGUACAGGAUUUUUUGCAAAGAGGCGCUCUUCAUUAUUAUGAGCAUAAAUAUAAUAGAGCAAUGAUGAAGUUUGUGAAGUAUUUUCAUUCCAGAGACAUGAUUCGCACCUUCUUGAAGAAUUUGAAUUGCCUCAAUGAGCUUCUCUUGUUGGAAAAAGAAUGGGGAAACUUACUGGAAGCAGCUGGCAUAGCAAAGCAGAAAGGAGAUCUUCUCCUUGAAGCUGAUCUUGUAGAGAAGGCUGGACAAUUCAGGGAGGCAACUAUGCUCAUUCUGUGGUAUGUCUUCUCCAACUAUUUGAAUCCGUUCAGAAGCAAAUUGAGGCCUGUGGGGCAGUUAAACCAGAAGGACGGUCUUUUAACAAGAGCCAAAUCAAUUGCGAAGAACCACUCUGAUCCUUUCUAUGAGUUUGCUUUCAAGGAAGUCGAUAUUUUAUCAAAAGGAAAUACCUAUCCGGAAGUCCUUGACAUUGGGUUGGAAUUCCUUCAAUGCUGGAAACAGAAUGCACCUACUGAUGUUGGUAGGGUCAAAAGAAUUUACGAAAUACUCAUUAUUGAACAAAAACUUUUAGAAAGAUGUGCACAACAUUAUCAUUUUCUGAAAGAUAAGCAAACAAUGAUGAGAUAUGUUAAAGCUUUCGAUUCGAUUGACUCUAUUCGAAUCCUCUUGAAGGAUUUGAAUUGCUUUGAUGAGCUUCUGUUGUUGGAAGAAGAAUGGGGCAACUUCUUGGAGGCAGCAAAAAUAGCAAAGCAGAAAGGAGAUCUUCUGCAUGAGGCUUAUCUACUUGAGAAGGCUAGAUGUUUAGAAGCAGCAUCCAUGUGUGGGUGAACCUGACAUGGACUAUGUCAAAUUGAAACAAGGAGGACAUCUUUGCAAAGAUUGUGGUUAAGAAGUCAAAGGCUGGAGCAUUUUGUGGAUCUUCUGUUAUUGGAAAAUGAUACAAAGGCGAAUAGGUGAGACACCAGAGAUUAGCGCAUGAGUAUAACAAAUGCAUGGCUGACAGGAACAGCAGACAUUGAGGAGGCAGGAAAUCUUGAAUGGAAAUGCAACCCCACACUUUAUUUGUUUAUUUGUGCGUCAUUAAAUGUUGCAAUAUUUAGUUUAAAGUGUUGCUUAGUCCUUUUCUACAGAAGCUUUGUUACCUUGACAAUUAGAACAUUUUAAGAAACAGAAAUAUAUAUUUUGAAGG